UACAAAUGUUAGGGUAAACUGCAGCUCAUGCUUUUCUUGUUGCUUUCACUUCUACCCCCAAGCUCUUCACCCGUAAACAAUUGCUUCUAGAUCUCGACGCAGCAUUGCAAAUGUUAGAAUAAACAGGAGCGCAUGUCAAAUCCUAUCAAUUUCCUGCCUUCUUCCUCCUGCUACUUCUCUUGGCCACCUCAAAGCUCUUCAUCGAUGAACAAGGACUUCUAGAUCUCGCCAAAUUGACUCCAAUUUCUCUAUUAUGCUUUGCGUCACAAAUCGGAAGCCUAUAACUUAACUGUAGACUUGCCAUCCUUGCACUACUACCGGAUUUUCACCUUCAUUUGCGGUUCGAAACUUUUUGAGAGGAUGCAGCGUGUUCACGCCACAAUUGAGGAGCAGCUUAUUCUCAAGUCAAUCAAGGACGAAUGCCCUUGGGAAAACCUCCCCAAAAGGCUCCAGGCGACGAUCUCCACAAAAGAGGAAUGGCACAGGAGAAUAAUAGAGAACUGUAUAAAAAAGCGGCUACAAUGGAAUACGUGUUUUGCUCGUAAAAUAUGCAAAGAAGGAGAAUAUUAUGAAGAGAUGAUGCGUUAUCUGCGUAAGAAUCUUGCGCUGUUCCCGUAUCACCUUGCAGAGUAUGUUUGUCGAGUAAUGAGGAUUUCACCCUUCAAGUUUUACUGUGAUAUGCUCUUUGAAGUAAUGAGAAAUGAGCAACCAUAUGACAGCAUCCCUAAUUUCAGUGCUGCUGAUGCUUUGAGGCUUACUGGAAUUGGUAGAAAUGAAUUUAUUGAUAUAAUGAACAAGUGCAGAUCAAAGAAAAUAAUGUGGAAAUUAAACAAGUCUAUUGCCAAAGAAUUGCUGCCCACACAACCUGUGGACUUUGCAGUUGAACCAUGGUGGGGAGUUUGUCUUGUUAACUUUACAUUGGAAGAAUUUAAGAAACUAACUGAAGAAGAAAUGGCAACCAUUGACAAAGUUUGCAAGGAAGAAGCAAAUUCAUUUAUGCUCUUUGAUUCUAGUAUUGUAAAAGGUCUUUAUCGAAGGGGGUUGGUGUACUUUGAUGUUCCUGUGUAUUCUGAUGACCGUUUCAAAGUCUCAAGGCUGGAAGGAUUUGUUUCUAACAAGGAGCAGUCUUAUGAAGAUCCUAUUGAAGAAUUACUAUAUGCUGUUUUUGUAGUUUCAAGUGAGAAUGCAACUGUUGCAGAGUUGGCUUCAACUCUCCAAGCUGACCUUUUUCAGCUGCAGGCUGCUGCUUCAUUUGCUUGUCGAUUAGGUUGGGCUGUAAAGAUUAUAGAUCCAGAGUCCGUUCUAAAAAGUUCAAGUGUUGCUAUCUCUUCUGGUACUCUUCUCAAUGACGAUGAAGAUGGUUCUAUUGCUAGUAUCAGUUCAGAAUCCUUACGAGUUCAUAACCUUGGGAUAGAACAGAAUAGGCCUCUUUCUGAAACUGCUCGUGUUGCACUGGUUGUGGAUGCUAAUAUAACUUCCUAUCUGAUGAUGGGUUCUAUUUCACCAGGAUUGAAGUCCCAUGCCGUGACGUUGUAUGAAGCAGGGAAGCUUGGCGAUGAAGUUAUAGCAGAUCUUUGCAAGGAUCUGUCUACUUUAGAAGGGAAAAAAUUUGAAGGUGAACUGCAGGAAUUUGCCAAUCAUGCAUUUAGCCUUCGUUGCUUUCUAGAAUGCUUACAGUCUGGUGGGAUUGCUGCUGAUGAAAUAAUUGAAAAGGUUAACCAUCAAGUAGAUGUGCAGGUCACCAAUUCUGGGAUUUCUUCCAAUCUAGCUGAUGUUGAUCCGAUGAAUGAAUGUUGUGGGCAGAAAAAACAUGAUGAUGAAACUAUAUGGCCUGGUUAUAAUCAGAAUUGCAAGGUUGAAUCCGGUAUACAUGAAUCUUAUGCACCCAUUUAUGAGCAUGAAGUACUUUCUAGUGCUUCUUUGGAAGUUGAUAUGAGCAAGGAAGACAAUGAUUUACAAAACAGCCACAACAGAGUUUCCCCGGAUGGUUCAAUAUCUGAAUUGAUGAUAAAAAGGAAAUAUCGAGCAGAUAUCCUUCGCUGUGAAAGCUUAGCUUCUCUUGCACCAGAAACACUGGAACGUUUAUUUCUCAGGGACUAUGACAUUAUUGUUUCAAUGGUUCCUCUUCCUUCCUCUUCAAUUCUACCUGGAGCUAGUGGUCCUAUCCAUUUUGGUCCACCCUCUUAUUCAUCAAUGACACCCUGGAUGAAGUUAGUAUUAUACACAACAAUGGGCUCAGGCCCUGUAUCAGUUGUUUUGAUGAAAGGGCAGAGCCUACGCAUGCUGCCUGCACCACUCAUAGGAUGCGAGAAGGCAUUAAUAUGGUCUUGGGAUGGAUCUUCGAUAGGCGGGCUUGGAGGAAAAUUUGAAGGGAAUUUGGUUAAUGGUAAUAUUCUUUUGCAUUGCUUGAAUUCAAUUGUCAAGUAUUCCGCUGUGCUGGUACAACCUCUUAAUAAACUUGACCUAGAUGAGUCUGGAAGAAUCAUCACUGUUGAUAUUGCAUUGCCCCUGAAAAACUUUGAUGGAUCAGUUGCCCAUGUUGAGGAUAUAGGGUUAAUCCUAGAAGAAAAAGAAAGCUUAAAUUCUUUAUUAGAUGAACUUUCUGGCAAAUUUGGUUUAUGGACAAUAGGUUAUAUUCGGCUUUUAAGGCUUCAAAAGGAAAAAAGACCUGAUUCUUUCAUCCCUGACAAGGACAAGUUUGAAUGGGUUCCAUUGAGCAUGGAAUUUGGCAUACCCUUGUUCAGUCCGAAAUUAUGCAGCAGGAUAUGUGAUAGGAUGGUUUCAUCAUCUUUACUUCAGUCAAACUCACUCUGUGAGCAUCACGAGGCAAUGCAAGAUCUAAGAAUGAAGUUGCGUGAAAUUUGUUUGGAGUACCAUGCAAAAGGACCAAUAGCAAAAAUAUUUUACCAGGCAGACUAUAUAAAGGAAUCUCCUCGUCAUUUAAUAAACUACGCCAGUGGACGUUGGAGCCCCCUACUGGAUCCUUCAACACCAACAUCUGGAGCUGCAAGUGAACACCAGAGGCUUAAAGUAGCUAAUAGGCACAGAUGCCAAACUGAGGUUCUUAGUUUUGAUGGAAAUAUUCUGAGGUCAUAUGCACUACCUCCCGUCGACGAGGCUGCAACGAGACCAAUUGAUGAAUCACCAUUGAUGACCUCAGGUAAACUGGAAUCAUUUGAUGCAGAAAGUAGAGAAAUAGUCCUGCCAGGUCUAAAUCUUCUGUUUGAUGGAUCUCAAUUGGUUCCCUUCGACAUCGGUGCUUGCUUACAAGCUCGCCAACCUAUUUCACUGAUAGCAGAGGCCGCGGCUGCUUCUGCUUCAUUGCAGGCAAGUACGGCUUUGUAAUAAAGCAUUUCUCACGUCAAGAAAUUUUGCAAGAAAUUGAAAUGCUUUUGCUGGAUCUUUUACAAGAUAUUUAUUUAUUUUCACUGUAAAGGUCGGCUCUUUUAUCGUAUUUCUUAGCAUAUAACUAUAGAUUGAUUCAUGAUCAGAGUGUGGUGCUUAUCAAGGAAUCCAAAAUAUUUGCUAUUUAGAAGCUUAUUGUAUGGGAUGAUUGGAAUUUCAUUGCAAUAAUAGGAGCCCUAAUAUAAGUUACACAGUAGAUGGAAUGCAAAAUAUUUCCUCUAA